CGGCCCCGCCGCCCGUGGGAGGCUCGGGGGUGGGACUUGGCUGCGUUUGCCCAGGAUGCCGGAGAUCCUGGUGCACGGCCCGGGCGGACGCGGCUGCACAACCGGGGACCCCGCGGCCGAGGGUGGGAUGGGAGCAGCUCCCGGGGGUCCCCGGGGUGACAUCGGCAGCCCCCGCUCGCCCCGGUGAUGGAGCCGGACACACCGGAGCUGCCGGACGCUCUCCCGGAGCCGCCGGACGAGCUCUUCCCCAGCAGCGAAUUCACACCGGAGGCCGGGCCGCUCCCCGAUGACACCGUGAGUCGGUGCUGGAGGGGGAGCAGGGCACGGAGGAGCCCCCCGAGGGACACGGGGUCCCUGUGUCCCCUUGCGCAUCCUCCACCAGCAGCUCUGCGGCCGCAGGGCUGGGACGGGAGCAAAGCCGAGGAGCUGCUGCAGGUGACCGUUAACCCCAACGACGUCUGCAGUGCGGAGCCCCCCCAGCUUCGUGGGGUGCAGCCGGAGGACCCCCCCGUCCCCGCCACGCUGUACGAGGUGGUGUGCGACCUCCGCACCCCCCUGCGCGGCAGCGUCGUCUCCAUCCAGCUCGACAACUGUCUCUGCCCCGUGCUGCUCCCCAGCUCCUGCCUCACCACCGAGCUGCCCGUGGUGCCGCUGCCCGCGCCCAGCCCCCCCCUGCAGCUGACGGAGGAGGAGAAGCGGCUGCUGGCGCAGGAGGGGGUGACGCUGCCCGGCACGCUGCCCCUCACCCAGGCCGAGGAGCGGAUCCUGAAGAAGGUGAGGAGGAAGAUCCGGAACAAGCAGUCGGCGCAGGACAGCCGGCGGAGGAGGAAGGAGUAUCUGGACGGGCUGGAGAGCAGGGCGGCUGCGUGCUCAGCGCAGAACCAGGAGCUGCGGAAAAAGGUGCAGGAGCUGGAACAGCGCAACGGGUCGCUGCUGCGGCAGCUGCAGGCGCUGAUCAAGCAAACGUCCAACAAGGCCGCCCAGACCGGCACCUGCGUCCUGAUCCUGCUCUUCUCCCUGGGACUCAUCCUCCUACCCAGCUACAGCCCCUUCCACCGGGGCUGGGGGGGCAGCGGGGACGGUGACAGACCCACCAGAGCGUCCCCUGUCCCCACAGUGAUUUCCAGGAACAUCCUGACCCGGGGGGAGCAGCCGGGACCGGGCGGAGAAGCCGCGUUCCCUGCGCCGGGGCGGCUGCAGGUGGACGAGCCGGGAGCUGCGGAUGGAACCGAGCGGGAGGACGGGAGGGUGCCCCCCGGCAGGGAACCGCUCACCAAUUCCUCUGGGUGGGCCCCCCCGGGGGGUAUGGGGGCAGCACAAGGGGGACACGGGGAUGAGAUGUAACAGUGGCCCCGGAGCUGCCCCCAUCCCGGGGCUGUGGGGGGGACACCAACCCGGGCAGGGGGUGCUGGGUGUGACCCCCCCGGGGGCAGAUCUGUGCUCACGAGCAGCCUCUGCUGAAUAAACCCACUCCCUGUUUGCA